AUGGCUCAACCCGAUCCCAGCCAGGGCGUCCCCCAGGACCUCAUCCCCCAUGUCCACCUCAUUUCAUCCUUUCGAUACCCGGCGAUGCCCCGACUCGACCUUAACGAGGUGGCCAAGUGGCUUAUGAGUGCUCCCCAAGUCGCGCGAGAUCGAGCUCCCUUCUUCUGGACAUACCUCGACAAGCCCACCGACGGCACAAUUCUUCUCACCUGGCAGCCCCUGCAGCGCCUAGGUACCAACUUCGCGACCGAUGGCUUCGUGUGGGCGCCUCCUGAGCAGAUCUACAAGCACGACCUAGGCAAUGGACUGAUGCUGGAAAUCUACUACCAAAAAGCCGGUUACAUCCCCGGUGAACAGUUCGCCCUUCAUGCCCGACGACGAUUCCGACUAGUCCCCGUCCCCGGGCAUCCCAACCCUCCUCAGCCGGACGUCAGCCUCUUCGUCGUGCAUUAUGGGCCUGCCGAGCCUAACGACCGAGUCCCCAUCUCGAUGAUUCCAUUUGAUGAGCGGAUCAACAACCUCAUGUCGCAGCGCCACUUCCUGCAAAGAGCUGGCCAGAUUCGUCGCAAGGAGUUCAUGCUUUCGGAUCGAGUCAACUGGCCCACGCUUCCAGACCCCACUCGCCAGCAGGUCGCACCACAGAUGGUUCCCCGUGGGGUUCCUCAACAGAUGGCUUAUCCUCCUCAGCCUCCCCAGGGACCUCCGGCUAAGCGUGCAAGGCACGCUGCUAGCCAAGGACAGCAGGCGGCUGUUUCUGGGAUGCCUCAGUUGGAUGCUGCAUUCGAUGACGACGAGGAUGUCUCGAGGGGCGACAUGUUUGAUCAUCUCACUCCCAGAGAGAUCUCAUUGAGCCGAUAUCAGCAGAAUCAUGAGUGGAUGGAGGAGAUCCUAUCUUCUCCUUACAGAAUCAGCCAGAUUACCCCUGCAGACCUCAACCUGGGCUUCAAGGGUGAGUUGGCUUCGUUGACUGAGGGCAUUUUCCAAGCGCAGGGCUACGAUGCAUUCAGCUCGGUGCCCGACAAGCCUUACAUUGGCCGUCUGGAUGCUGGCCAGGCGGACGAAUUCCGCAAGCGUGUCAAUGAGCAUUUGGACUCUACCAAAGCAGAGAUUGAAAAGAUGCAAGCCGCCCAUGCCGAGGCUCUUGCCAAAUUCAAAGUGAGCUCGCUCCUGAACAGCAAGGAGAAGGAGCUCAGAGGCGUGGUUGAGAGCACUGGGUCCGAGGUUUGGAGACUCGAGGGCCGACUGGACCCCCACGAUGAAGACGCCGGGCCCCGUCCUACCACUAAGAAGACGAUUGAUCAGAUUGUUGCGGAAGUUGAGACUUCCACCGGUCGAAAGGUUGAGGCCAAGUCGUCAAUUUCCCGUGUUCAAGAAGGCGGCUAUCAGGCGCCAGCGCCGGCGCCGGUGCCAGCCACGCAGCUGUCACGACAGCCUUCUCAGUCCGGCUCGCAAAACAGCGGCGUCUUGGUUGGCGAGUCAGAUAUCGAUAUGGGCAACACCGCUGCUGGACUGCUGGACCAGAUGGGAACAGGACUCUCGGCCACUUCUACCCCUGUGAACAACUUCCCUACACCUCAGCCUCAACUAUCAGCCGCUCAUUCGGGCGCGGCUACUCCAUCCAAUGCCAAUGUCCGGUCACCUGCUGCCCUGCAGGCCGCUGCUCACCAAGGGACUGGCGGCGUUGAUGUGGCCAUGGGCGGGACUGACGAACCGGCGAAGGGGUCGACUGGAACUGCACCCGACCAAGGCACAGGUAGUGGAGACUGGGUCGUGGUUCCUAAAGGCGGAGCGACCCCAGACCCAAAUGCUCCGGCGGCCACAACCGCGUCCAUGGCUGGAACAGCGUCGGCCACGGAAGACAGCGAAGCAGCCAGGCAAGCCCCUGGGUCUAACAAGGCGCCGUCGGCUGCCGCAACGCCAGCUGUCACAGAUGGCGGCUCUGUGUCAUUCGAUCAGAACGACUUCAGUUCCCUGGGCGACCUCGACACCGCCGGGGAUGCCCUAGCUGGGUUCGAUGGCCCAACCCUGGAUGGGUCUGCGGGCGAGCUUGGCGAUGGUCUAGAUCUAAACAUGGACAUGGAGGACUCCGCCUUCGGUGAUGCUUUCCACGGGGUCGAAACCUCGGGCACUCCAGCGGAAGGCCAGGGGCAAGACAUGUAG